AUGAGUGACACCGAAAAUCAAACGGAGGGCUUCAUCACAGAACUUCUCGAACAAUUACGCAGCAUGCCAGUCGACAUACGAAUUUUCUCCAUGAGCACGAGAGCCCUUUACUCAAACGUGGCUGUUGGCACCAAUACUGCGCCUGCUGAAAAGUUUAGGGAACUCCGAGACAAAACCAGAAACGACGCAAUAGUGUACUUGAACGGUCUCUUCCCGCUUUCAGUCACGUUUGUUGCAUCUGUCAGCGAGUACUUUGAGUAUUAUGAAGCCCUGGAGUACGAAGAAUGGUGUGAGAUUCUACCUGACAUCCUUGAAGAAACUAUUUGCCACAGGGAAAUGUGCAAAACGCUACUGCAGAUGCACGAAGACAUCAUAGAACCACUCAAAGUGAGAGAGGACCAGGCCCGCGUAAUUGUAAGUGAAUUAAGAAGCCUUAGACAGAAAUUUGAAAAAAUGAAGAAAGAGCUGGAAGACAAGGCAGAGACAAAACGCAGCUGGGCGAUUGUAUUUGCCUUUAUACCAUUUCUGAACUUCUUAGUUGUUCCUUUUUUGCGUAAUGCCGCUGAAUACGAUUUGGCUGAUGCAGUUGCUAAAGGCAGCGAAGCAGAAAUUCAAGAAGCUGCCGCACUCGCAGUUAGCAGCAUGAUCCGUGCCUUGCAAGCCUUUAUCACUGGUCUCCAUAAAGCAGCCGCUUUCUUCGUCAUAAUGGAAAAGAAGUUAAAAAGCUUUGAAGGAAAAGCUGAGAAAGCCAAAAGCCGCAAAAAGAAAGCGUUCUACACACUGAUGAAGAAACCAGCAAGAGAAGUGCAGAACCUUUGUGACGGCUUCUUCGCGGUUACACCACAGGUCAGGACCGAUUUUCGCGCCAUUCCAACCGAAGGAACAGACCAGAACUACGUCGACAGGUGGCUGGAAAAGCAGAAGAAAACCAUCCAAGAAAAAUGUUCAAUUCGAAAGCUAGCAAGCAAACUUCUCUCAGCCAUGACAGCCCCAGGUAAGGCUAGAGCUGGUGAAGAGUGUAAAGAACUAGAUCGAGUGUCACUCUAA